UGUUCUUCUCUCCUUGCUAAAAUAAAUCCUUUCUCCCUAUUUUCAAGAUUCUUCAUUCACCUCAAAUUCUCCAUUUUUUCUUCCAUUUUCCCACACCCUUUUGCUUUAAUCACAAAACCCAGAAUUUAUCUAUGGCUGAAGAACAUGAAUUUCAGUCGCCGGAAGGCAGACGCCACCAAUUAUGCGCUAAUAAUUGUGGUUUCUUUGGUAGUCGUAACACCAAAAAUUAUUGUUCCAAAUGCUAUAACGACAUUGAAGAAGAGAAAUCAAAUGUGAAAUCCGUGGAUUCUCUAUUUCACCCUCCAUCAUCAACCUCGUCGGAGAUGUUUUCACAAAAAAAAGUGUCAGAAGAAUUAAUAAUCGAAACUGUUGUUUCUAUUGCUGCGCCGCAAGUGAUGGCGCAGCAAAAUAGGUGUUUGAUUUGUAAGAAGAAAUUGGGGUUACUGGGAUUUAGAUGUAGGUGUGGAACCACUUUUUGUGGGAUCCAUAGGUAUCCGGAGGUACAUGCAUGUGCAUUCGAUUUCAAGUCAAUGGGGAGAGAAGCUAUAGCUAAGGCAAAUCCAUUGCUCAAAGCUGACAAAUUGGAGAAGAUUUAAUCUCAACCGUUGGAUUAGAUGAAUUUUUCUUCAUCGGAAAGAAUGGUAUGAUGGUAGUGAUGGUGGUGGUUCUCCGCUGGGGCCAAAUUGAAAAUAAAAGGAAAAUAUUGGGUUGUUUGGUUCCACAAAAAAAAUGGUGAAUGUGAUAUGUAUAUUAUUUUUUUCCUUUUCGAUUUUCUUUUUUAAUAAUUAUCCUUUUUUUCUGGAAAAAUAAUUUAUAUUACUUGGCUUGCUUUGUUACAAAAGACGUAAAAUUUUGUUGACUCUUGUACUAAUAUAUGGAGAGAAGAAGCUUGUUAUUACUUUUCUGCAUGCCAAUUCGAUCGAUGAGAGUCGUCGUCGUAUAAUAAGUUAUUUUGUCAGGUCACAUCAGUUGAUCUUA